AUGACAAAAUUGGAAAGUUUAGCUCUGGUGCCUCGAGAUGGAGCGUGGGGUGAUUGGUCCUCAUGGACUGUUUGUGACAAGGGCUGUGAUGUUGGAAAAAGAAAAAGACAUCGCUUCUGUGACAAUCCAUUUCCUCUACAUGGAGGGGCUAACUGCUCUGAACAACAACACGAGACAGAGGAUUGCAAUACUCAGAGUUGUCCAAAGGUGAUAUCAUGCCGUCACCUACUACAAGUUGGCGAAGAAACGAAUCACAAUUAUCCUGAUGCCGUCUACAAGAUUUACCCCAUAGGUUCCCAGCCAAUCAUGGCAUACUGUGAUAUGUCGCGUGACGGUGGAGGAUGGACACUAUUGGUUACCAGUCACACUAACAGCUGGACGGCACAGAAUGUGAAAUUACGAAACGCGAACUCUCCGAAGUUGACUGAUGAUUACUCCAUCCUGCAGUAUGCAAACAGUAUUAAAGAUAAUAUCAAAGUAGCUGGCUCUACGUUUGAAUAUCGAUUAGAAGCUCAGAGCCGAGGUCGCUGGGGAGGUAUCUGGAAGGCACCCAGAGGUUUUACGUUCACAGCUGACAACAACAAACAAACGGAUAUUGAGCUGGUCAAGAAAUUUGACAAUUGGGAAUAUUCAGACAAUGGAAUUGAACAAAGAAUGCCAUGGAUUUCUGAUGCCAGGUUAACUACAUCCCAUGAUGCUCAGCGAAAUUGGUGGGGUACAAUAACAGGUGAAUAG